AGAUGAAGCAGUAGCAGAAGAAGAAGAACCGCUCCGGUUUGUUUACUUUGCGGCGGUGACCAUCCCGCUAACCCGGUUCUAUCAUCCUGCUGACCCGGUUCUAUCAUCCCGCUGAAUCGGUUCUCCUCCAGGACCAGUGGUUCGGGUCCAUCCCCCGGUCUGACAGUGAAUGGACGGCCGCAAGCCGCUGGUCUCUGCCCCGGAAGUUAGUUUCUCUGUUUUCUGCAGAGCAGUUAGCUUAGCUAACGCUGAGCUAGCGCUACGCUACAACCCUGCAGGGCCACCGAACGCAGCCGCUAUGGACCCGAACCGGAUCAUCCAGGCUCUGAAGGGAACCAUCGACCCCAACCUGCGGCUGGCGGCGGAGAAUGAGCUCAAUCAGUCCUAUAAGAUCAUCAACUUUGCCCCCACACUGCUCCAGAUUAUCGUGUCAGAGCAGGUCGAGUUCCCUGUCCGCCAAGCAGCUGCCAUCUACCUGAAGAACAUGGUGAGUCAGUACUGGCAGGACAGGGAGCCGUCUGUGGGGGAGGUGGUCUUCCCCUUCAACAUUCACGAAAACGACCGGCAGCAGAUCCGAGACCACAUAGUGGAGGGCAUCAUCCGCUGCCCAGAGACCAUACGGGCCCAGCUGACCAUGUGUCUGAGAGCCAUCGUGAAGCACGACUUCCCCGGCCGCUGGACCGCCGUCGUGGAUAAGAUCGACGCGUAUCUGCAGUCUCAGAGCAGCGGCAGCUGGUACGGCAGCCUGCUGGCUCUCUACCAACUGGUCAAAACAUACGAGUACAGGAAGGCGGAGGAGCGGGAGCCGCUGCUGGCAGCCAUGCAGAUCUUUCUGCCCAGGAUCCAGCAGCUCAUCAGCCAGCUGCUCCCUGACGUCACCAUCUUCUCUGUCCUCAUCCAGAAGCAGGUCCUGAAGAUCUUCCACGCUCUGGUCCAGUACUCGCUGCCUCUGCAGCUGAUCAACAACGCCGUGAUGACGCAGUGGAUGGAGAUCCUGCGGGCCGUCAUGGACCGAGACGUCCCCGCUGAGACCCUGGAGGUCGAUGAGGACGACCGGCCGGAGCUGGCCUGGUGGAAGUGUAAGAAGUGGGCGCUCCGCAUCAUCACCCGGCUGUUUGAGCGGUACGGAAGCCCCGGCAACGUCAGCAAGGAGUACCAGGAGUUUGCCGACUUCUUCCUGAAGACGUACGCGGUGGGCAUACAGCAGGUCCUGCUGAAGGUGGUGGACCAGCACCGGCGGGGCCUCUACGUCACGCCGCGGGUUCUGCAGCAGUGCCUGACCUACAUGAACCAGAGCCUGUCUCACUCCCUGACCUGGAAACAGAUGAAGCCUCACAUGAAGACCAUCAGCCAGGAGGUCAUCUUCCCUCUGAUGUGCUACAGAGAGGAGGACGAGCGCCUGUGGCAGGAAGACCCGUACGAGUACAUCCGGAUGAAGUUCAACCUCUAUGACGACCAUUCCCUCCCAGCAGCCGCCGCUCAAAGCCUCCUCUGUAAAGCCGCCCGCAAGAGGAAAGAGAUCCUCCCUCAGAUGAUGGACUUCUGCCACAACAUCCUGGUGGAGCCCUCUGCUGACCCCCGCAGUAAGGACGGGGCGCUGCACUGCAUCGGGGCGCUGGCCGAGCUCCUCCUUAAGAAGAGGAUCUACAGGGAGCAGAUGGAGCUGAUGCUGCAGAACUACGUGUUCCCUCUCCUCAACGCCCCCAUGGGUUACCUCAGAGCCAGGUCCUGCUGGGUGCUGCACUGCUUCAGCCCGCUGCGUUUCCAUGACGAGCUGGUGCUGAGGAACGCCGUGGAGCUGGUCAGACAGGACCUGGUAGACGACCAGGAGAUGCCUGUGAAGGUGGAGGCCGCCAUCGCUCUGCAGGCGCUGGUCAGCAACCAGGAACAAGCCAAGCUGUACAUCAGGCCCCACAUCCGGCAGGUGAUGCAGCAGCUGCUCCACGUGGUCAGAGAGACGGAGAACGACGACCUGACCAACGUCAUUCAGAAGAUGAUCUGUGAAUACAACCAGGAGAUGGCGACCAUAGCCGUGGACAUGACCCAGAACCUGGCGGAGAUCUUCACCAGAGUGCUGCAGAGCGAGGAGUAUGAGGAGAACGAGGACAAGACGGUGAUGGCUCUGGGCAUCCUCAGCACCAUAGACACCAUCCUCACCGUCAUGGAGGACCACAGGGAGAUCACGCAGCAGCUGGAGGGGAUCUGCCUGCAGGUGAUCGGCCUGGUGCUGCAGAAGCCCAUCAUAGGUAUGGCAGAGUUCUACGAGGAGAUCCUGUCCCUGGCCUUCGGCCUCACCUGCCAGACCAUCUCCCCUCAGAUGUGGCAGUUACUGGGGGUGCUGUACGACGUCUUCCAGCACGACUGCUUCGACUACUUCACAGACAUGAUGCCGCUUUUGCACAACUACGUCACGGUGGACACAGACAUGCUGCUGUCCAACCCAAAGCACCUGGAGGUCAUCUACAGCAUGUGCAAAAAGGUGCUGACCGUAGAUGCUGGAGACGAUGCAGAAUGUCACGCUGCUAAACUCCUGGAGGUGAUCAUCCUGCAGUGCCGAGGCAGAGGCAUCGAGCAGUGCAUCCCUCUGUUCGUGGAGGUCGUUCUGGAGCGGCUGAUGCGUGGCGUGAAGUCCAGCGAGCUGAGGACCAUAUGUCUGCAGGUGGUCAUAGCAGCGCUGUACUACAACCCCGCCCUGCUCAUUCAGACGCUGGACAACAUGCACUUCCCCCACAGCCCUCAGCCAAUCACAGCCCACUUCAUCAACCAGUGGAUCAAUGACACCGAGUUCUUCCUGGGGCUCCAUGACCGGAAGAUGUGCAUCAUCGGUCUGAGCGUGCUAAUGGAGCUGCCCAGCCAACCGGCAGCGCUGCAGAGGGUAGCGGGUCAGAUCAUCCCCUCCAUCCUGCUCCUUUUCCUGGGUCUCAAACACCUGUAUGCAUCGCGGCAGAUCAACAAACCCGACCUGCUGGCACGCGCUGGGCUCCAUGAUGAAGAUCAGAACGAGGAGAUCCCCAGCGACGAAGACGACGUCAACGACAGCCAGAACAAGUUACAUCAGCAAGCCAGCCUGACGGCGGGUCAGGGGGAUGACGAUGAUGACGAUGAUGAAGAGGAUGAUUACUGGGAUGAAGAUGCCUUUGAGGGAACGCCCCUUGAGGAGUACAGCACACCUCUGGACUAUGACAAUGGAGAAGACGAGUACCAGUUCUUCACCUCCGCCCUGCUGAGGAUUCAGAACAGCAAUGCAGCCUGGUACCAGUGUUUGACCGCUCCACUCAGCGACGAUCAGAAAAAACAACUCCAGGAGAUCUACAGCAUCUCACAGCAGAGGAGGAGCACCGCCGCUAAGGGCCACUGAGCAGACGGACCUCCUGCUGCAUCGCCGUCAUCAUGGAAACAGGGCAGUGGAGACCAGAGAAGCUGGUGAGUUCAUCUCGGAGCCGAUCAGGUGAGAGAGACUCCACCGAAGCAGACAGGAUGAGUUCAGAGCGCUGAAGGACCUGGUGAACUACUGAACUCUUCCUGGUACCACUGGAGCUCUUCUCCAGCGCUUCUACAUGUUUGUUUUCUAGCUGUUUGGUCUCCUCAAAGUACCGUUAGCGUGUCUCUGUGUCUCGAUUCUGCAGGACCUCCAGCUUCAAACAUCGUUCUGAAACAUUCGCUGCAGAGAAAUUUGGACAUAAAACCUUUUGCUCUCGGUUUUCUUUUCUAGAGAUUUUCAGACUAAUUGGAGAAAAACAGGAACUUCUGCUUCUGUUUGGUUCCUGUUUCUGAAAACAGACUUUAGUUCAGCAUGAAAAGCAGAAUGAACUAAAAAUGAAAGAUGAAUCUAUCAUAGCAGCAUAAUGAGGCUCUAAUUAAACCCAUCCAACCUGGGCUGGUCUAUUAGUCUCACUAGGGGGCGCUGCAGGUAGUUGAUGUUCAAACAGCCCUUUUAAUGUUUUCAACUCAAAAUGUACUUUUCCACUUAUUUUACUAAAUGGGUUUUAUUCAGACAUUUGUGACCAUUUAAAUGUCUGCAGGUAAAGCUAAAGUUCAGCUAGCAUGAGUCUCCCUCAUGACACUGGAAGCAUUAGAACAGGACGCUGGCGAGAAUCAGAGGUUAAUGGUUCAAUCCCAGCCCUGAGGUCAGAGACCACAUCAUCAGCCAGCAGUGCUCACAUCUGGACUGCUCCUCUGCAGCUACGUUAUCCGACACGUAGAAGAGUGGAAAUACUUCAGCAGCCUCGGCUUCCUGCUGUAUCGUUGGUUAUAUCCAUUGUUUUUAUGUGCUAUCAGUUCCUGGCAUCAAGAUUGUUGCCCCUGUUUGAGGUUUUCUAUGAAAAUUGAAAAAAAAUCUUUUAAAACAAAAUGUUGCAUUAAUAAAAACCAGUUCCUGAAUCA